UUGAAGAAAGCAAUACUAGUCUUUCAAGUACAAAAUAAAUAAUUGCGAUAUAACAAUAAUGGAUAAGAAAGUCCAAAGACGCCCUGAAGAAGUGGAGGCCGACAACUAUAUCUACGGCUUUCAGAUGCCAGGCAAGGGCAUCAAGCAGUGUAUAGAAGAAUACGAGGACGGCGAGAAGGUGAAGGUCUACGAAGAGCUGUCCUUAAGGCUGAACUACAGCGGUCCACUCUACUGUGCUGACCUGUUGUCUGGUCUCAUCCAGGACAGAGCCAAGGCCCUGGUGCUGGACGUCGCCGCUGGGACAGGCUGGGUGGGUGAAGAGCUUCACAAGCGAGGCUUCAGGAAAAUUGUAGCACACGACGGUGCUCAGGCUAUGCUGGACAUCUGCAAGGAUAAGAACGUCUACUCGUCCUUCAUCUGUAGUAUCGUUGACGAGGGCUACAAGUUCCCUGUGAAAAACGGUACCUACGACGCCGUAACCAUCAGCGGUGCCGUGUGUGAGAACCAUCUGCCACCAUCUUGUCAGAUAGAGCUGAUCAGGAUCACCAAGCCCGGGGGAUUUAUCAUCAACGCCUACCGUACUACGGUGAUGAACCUGGACUACGGACGGGCUUGGGAGAACGAGGCCAAGAGGCUGGUCAGUGAGAAGAAGUGGACAUUGUACGGCAGGCUGAUGGCCCCUGGCUACUCAAAAAUUGCCGAGGGUUACGUCGACAUUUACCAAGUUAACUAACGAUAGUGUCCCUUGGACGUUUUAAUCAUGGACAUUUUACUCAUGAUCUUUGUGAAUCCAAUGGACAUUUGUUUUCCUUGAAUAAAUAUGAUGCUUCUGAAAGAGUAUCAAACGU